AGACAAUUCCCUUAUUUAUUGAUCUGCGGAGUUAUUCUCGGGGGUUCCACCUUGACAAUUGUGAAGAACGGUUAGAUGGGAACCAAACUUCCAUCGUCUGAAGUAUACUCCGUAAGACUCCAUUAUUUUUGAGUCAAUCCGCGCUCGUACCUCAUUCGACAAUUAUCAUAGCUUCCCCUGCUGUCGCAUCGGCCUCGGCAUGGCGUUUGCUGUGGAGAGGUUCACGCCAUCGCAGGCCAACCAGUGGAAACGGUGACGAUAAACGGCCGAAGCAAAAGUGUCGCUGUCGGUUUUCUGCCCGCCGUUUUGGCAGUAGAGAAACUGUAGCAACGAGGUCAUUAGCUAGACUAUACUUCGAUAAAGACCAUGUCGUCGACAAAAAGAGCCUGCGAUGGCUGCAAGAUUCGCAAAGUCCGCUGUGGUGGUGGCCAGCCCUGUCGCUCCUGUCUCAACGCAGGCCUGCAGUGCACGUUUAUCCGCAUCCAGCAGCAACGAGGGCCACAACAGCUGCGUUGCACGACGCGACUGCUGAUCGAGCAGACGCAGCGGCUGUCGACAUCAAGCACGAGAAUCCCCCUCAACGUGUUGGCGACCACCCUCUCGAUCUACCAAGCCCGCCUGUACCCCGUCUGGCCCGUUGUGGACGACGUCGCUGUGCUCGCGACUCUACGGCACGAGGAAACGGAGGAUGGCGAGACAUACGUGCUGGCGACGGCUCUGGCGGCAGCAACAAUGGCUCAGCUACGUCUACACCAGCGAGAUAUCCCCGGGGAGAGCAGCCAGGCAGAGGCGUUGGUGGCGGAAUGCCUGCGUGUCCGGUCUGCCUUACGCUAUCGCUCGCUCUGCUCCCUGCACGCCAUCCGUACGUCGUUCUUCCUGCAUGUCUAUUAUGAGAAUCAGCAGCCGGGAGGCAGUGAGUCACUGCUGUACCUGCGCGAGGCCAUCUCCUACGCCCAGAUGAUGAAGCUGCACCGUCAGUCUGCCUACCCGGGCGUCGAUCUCGUCGAGGAGGAUUUGCGUCGGCGUGUGCUUUGGUUGCUCUUCGUUACAGAGCGAGGCGUUGGGCUCCUGCACCACCUGCCCAUCGUGUUGAAGACGAAUAUCUGCCCGCCCCGGAUCGAUGAUGACUCGCACUUCCUGCCUGCCUUCCUCAAUCUGCUCAACCUCUUUCGACUGCUGGACCAAUGGCGCGUCUUCGACAUGAUCCAAGACGAUAACGAUGAUAACGACGAUGAUAAGGAUAAUAAUGAUGACUAUGAUAAUUAUGGUACCUAUAAUAACAACAGUGAACAGACAAUACCCCGAAACCCCCUUACAAGCAGUGGAAAACGCACGAUCCUGGCCACACUGCAGCGCCAGCUGCAGCAGGACGGGGCUAUAUUCCCGCUCGAUGCCGUUUCUGACGUACAAAAGGCGGACCUGUGCGUGACCCGACACUGGAUGCGGAUGAUCCUGUGGAAGCUGUCCUGCCGCAAGGAAACGGAGACCGCGACGGCCACCGGGAUGGGAAUGAGGAUGGUCCGGGCCUUCCCUGUCAUGGUUGCCACAGAACUGUUGCACAUCAUCUCCCGACUGCCACGGUCUGCGCUCGAGGCCCACGGGCUCGGCAUGGAACUGAAGAUCUACGAGAUUGCCAGCUCGCUCGCAGACGCUGUCGCUUCUACUACUUCAUCCUUAUCUUCGUUUUCUUUUCCAUCUCCCACUUCGUCAGGCGAGAGUCUACUCGCUCGCCUGCACGCCAUCCUGGCGAUGGUCUGGGGAGGUACCAACCAGCCCCUAGUCGACAUGCUGCACCGUAAGAUGGCCGGCCCGGCUCUCUCGACAAAUCCAGCGCUUCCUCUCCCUCUCCUAGGCCCGUCUCUACUACUUCACCCGGUUGAGACGGAGACGGAGACGGAGACGGAGAUGCAGACUCCCACAGUGGCCGUCAACCAAUUGUUCGAAAGUCAGCAAUUUGACGGUGACAUGGAUUUGCUGGAUCUCUCGAACCUCUCUGGAGGCAUUUCGUUUCUGGAUCACUAUCCCCCGGAGAUUCCCCCGUCUGGACUACUAUCUAAUCUGACGUCCGGGUAUGAAGAGUAUCUCUAUAAUGAAUGAACCUAUAUCAUGACGCUACUGUAUCUCUCUUACGAUAAUGUGC